GUUUUCUAAAAGUGUGAAUUAGUUUGGUACAGAAAUGAUGCGAUCAACUCAAACCGUUCAUUCCUUUCUUCUUGUGUUUUUUGGUAUGUUACUGAGUGGGCUUAUUUAUCUGGGCUACACCUCCACCUGGGAAAGAUAUGGAGAGCAAAGAAAGUGCCUCAACAGGACAGAAGGCUACGUGGGAGUCACUGAUUUAAUCACAUCAGUUGUAUCAGAAAAACAAAGGACAAGUCUCGACUGUGCAAACAAGCAACAGAAAGACUUGAAUUUGCAGUUACCACAGGGGGUUUUUUACGAACAGCCAAGUGUGGUGCGCCCAGAAGGAAUUGUUACCUUGACGCCAUGGUUGGCCCCAAUUGUAUGGGAAGGAACUUUUGAUCCCAAGCUAAUUGAUCCUAUCUACAAACAGCAAAACAUCACUAUUGCAACUACAGUCUUUGCUCUUGGAAAAUACACACAGUUCCUCAGAAAUUUCCUGGAGACGGCAGAACAGCAUUACUUUGUUGGAUUUCGUGUGCUUUACUAUGUGUUUACCGAUAAACCGGAAGAGGUUCCUCUAGUAACUCUCGGUGCAGAACAUUAUUUAACAGUGUUUAAAAUCCCCAGUUUAAACAGAUGGCAGGACAUUACCUUGGGCAGAAUGGGGAAGCUGGAGAUGCUGAUUGAGAAGCGAUUGGCCAAUGAAGCAGACUACGUUUUCAGCCUGGACGUGGAUACGAAGUUUCGUGGCCACUGGGGGGCGGAGUCUUUGGGUCGGCUCGUAGGCGUCAUACAUCCUGGUUACUAUAAAACACCACGUGACAAAUUCCCAUAUGAGCGUAGAGCUAAAUCUCAGGCAUAUAUUCCCUCUGCAGAAGGUGAUUAUUAUUAUGGUGGAGCUGUGAUCGGUGGCUUAGUUAAAGACGUAUAUCUGCUGGCUAAAACGUGCAGGGAACAGUUAGAAGUUGAUGCAGCUAAAUCCAUUGAGGCGGUAUGGCAGGAGGAAUCUCAUUUGAACAAAUACUUCCUUUAUAACAAACCCACUAAGCUGCUAUCACCUGAGUAUCUGUGGCAGGAUUUCAACUCGAGAACAAAGGAUGUGAAAAUCAUUCGAUUCUCUCAAGUUGUUAAAAACUAUGCUGCCGUUCGUACAAACCGGUAGCCGGUAUUAACCGAAACAUUCACCCUGUUAUGCACUUUAUUUGAAGAUGGUUUUGGUAUUAAAACGUGUCAGGCAUGUUAACAGCAUUUGAUGUCAUUGUAAAUUCCAAAGAUCUGUCUGCUACCUCAGCUCAAGUCUCAAAUAGACUCCUAUAGCACAAUGUGCCACAAGAAACUUUUCUUGGACGGUAA